AUGUAUCUUAUUACUUUUAUUUUCUCAAACAGCCUCUGGUCUGCACUGGAAUCCCCUCUCUCUCUCUCUCUCUCUCUCUCUCCAUUCUUAUAUACGAUCUGCCAUAUCUUACCUGCUUUUUUUUUUUAUUUUAUUUUACUUACCGUCUUCCGCAUUUCAUCUACAAUUAUCUUCUUCCGACGCUCAUCUUUUUCUCUUCUUCCUUCUAUUCUACUUCUCCCUUUUUCUCUCUCUUUUUUUUUUAUUACUUCACCCUCUAAUUCUAUUCACUACUCUACCUUCUACUCAUAUUUCCCCCCAUUACUCUCCUUUCUGCAGGCAGAUUCACUUUUCUAUUCAUAUCUAUCUAUCUAUCUAUGUAAAACUUUUUAUUAUCCUAGCUAUCUAUCUAUCUAUCUAUCUAUCUAUCUUUGUUUCUUUGUUUUUUUCUAUCUAUCUAUCUAUCUAUCUAUGUCUUAUCAAUAUCUAUCCCAGUCUGAACAUUAUCUAUCUAUCUAUCUAUCUAUACAGUAUCGUCUGUGUCAAUCUAUCUAUCUAUCUAUCUAUCUAUGUAGUACUUUUUAUUAUCCUAUCUAUCUAUCUAUCUUUGUUUCUUUCUAUCUAUCUAUCUAUCUAUCUAUCUAUCUAUCUAUCUAUCUAUCUGUGUCUCAUCAAUAUCUAUCCAGUCUGAACAUUAUCUAUCUAUUAUCUAUCUAUCUAUCUAUCUAUCAUUAA